AUGUUCUUUCGGCGUGUCUUUUCGCGCAAACCAGCCUCCUCCAAUGGAUUCCUCCAUCAACAAUCACAAAAUUCGUCGGAGAAUAGUCACUACUUGGAUCACAAGUAUCCAGGAUCUGCCAAAUUUCAUUCAAGAAGAUUGAGUAGUGGUGGAUUGGAUGAGCAACGUAGUCACAGCAGAGUCCUCAAUGUCAUUCAGUUAACACCCCUGUGGGAGCACAUCAUUCGCACAGGGCACCUCCCGGCAAAUCUCAGUGUUACUGAACUUUUUGGGGAAUUCAAUGAGCGUCUCAGUGAUCCAGAGUGGCAAGUUCGGCAGCAUGCUCUGAGGGUUCUUGUGGAUGUCCUUUUGGUUCUUGGGCAGCGAGCUGACUUGCAUGUGUCCCCCCUUAUGGGAGUUCUCGUGGAAAAUCUCGGACAUUCAGCUCCAGCCGUGAGGAAGGGUGCUCUGGAUGCCCUGAGGGUGUAUAUCUCGGAAUCAGCAAUGCCCGAGACGGUUCUCCUUGAGAUUAUUGAUUUGGGCAUGGAACACCCUCAUGAAGACCCAUUUGGAGGACGUCUCACCGUAGGGACAAUGCUCUCGCUGCCGGCUCUUGUGCAAGCAACACAACCAACACCCAAAAGGUACCACAUUCUUCGCUCAGCCGUGGAGGCACUUCUUGAGAAAACCGUUCAGAUAACAUUCCAAGAGGUAGCCCUAAAGAUUCUCCUAAAAAUAAGAGAUUUCGUUGGCAUGGAGGAUUUUUACGAUGCAAUGCCCCAUAGUGCUCGGAGGAAUUUUGAGCUUCUCUGCAGUGUCUACAAACUCACGGAGCCAACAUCCAGAGAUUCUGGCAUUGAUCUCCACAUUCCAUCGAGUACUGAGAGCAAAAGCUCCUCAUGGAAGCAUACCCCAAAAGCUCCAUCGAGCGAAUGCAGUAGUGGUAGCGCGGAAUCUCAGGAAGUUCAAUGGAAAGUCACGACAAAUCACAUGACGGCUAUAAGUCCUGGAAAAUCUACAGCUACCGAUGACAGUGGAUGCUGUGGUGAAGUGAAAAAUUGCAACAUGGAAGAAAUCCCGGUGGAGGAUCUGCCACCAGCAAAAGUAAUCAUGGAAACUGAGAUAAAGAUUAAUCAGGAUACUGCUGUAACAAUGAGAAUUCUCGAAGCAGACCCAUCUUCAAUGGAAGCCUCCACGGAAAAUCCCUCAAAUUGUGAAGAAAGUGACGAUGAGGUAACAAUUGUUGCCCCAAAGUCUCCACCAAAAGUUGAACCACCAUCCCCCAUUGUUGUGGAUGAUUUUGAAUCUGAAGCCCGCCGUACUCCGCGAAGGGUUCAUUUUGGGGGUGAAGUAGUCAAGAUGCGUACACCAGAUAGCGAUAAUGUAACUCAAAGUGAUGGAGAUGACCAAAUUCGUCCCAUAGUUAUGACUAUUGCCACACCACCCUCAUCAGGAAGGUCCACCCCUCAGAGUUUCAAAUCAACCAAUUCAAAUGUUUCAUCAACAACAUCGAACCAUCUCAGCAUAAACAUUCCCAAUGAUAACACAAAACCCACACUACAGCGUCCAAGAACAGCUACAAUCAUGAAAAUCGAUUCUCCCACUUAUCAAACAUUUCCCUUGGAUAAGGAUUUUUCUCCAGAUAGGCUAAAUAGGAGUAUGAGACACAAAUCUGCAUCCCCCAGACACCAAGCUAGAAGAUUUAGUUCCGCGAGUGACCUCUUGAGCCCCCGAACAGAGCAUAGGGCAAUUGAGGUAAUGCACAAUCUUCAGAGGAGCCCCCUAGUUUCACCUGUCCCCGCAAGAAGUCGAGACAAUUCUGAAGAUGGGCAAAGUGGAAAUGUGAAGGAAUUCGAUAUGAAUAGCCCAUCGAAAGAUGAGGGUGAUCAGAAGAAUUCCAAGACAUGGGAAGAUUUGAAUCUCGUCGAUGAAGCCGUUUAUAAAGAACUCAAAAGCGGGGAUUGGCGUCUUCGUUCACGAGCUCUGUACAAAUUGGAGGAUGCUCUGCGGUCAACUGAGAAUUUGGCUGCAGUUCAACCGUAUUUGGAUUCCCUACUACGGACUCUACUCUCUUCAGAACGUCAUCCAGAUGUUUGCGAAGAUAAGCGACGAAUUCUCGUGAAUCUCAUCUCACGGCUCCCCUUGGAAAAUCUUGAAAAUCGCACGGGGCAAAUUGUGAUGGGGCUCUGCCGGCAAGGUGGUGCAACGGGGAAUAGUGUGGCAAAAGCAUUAAUGCAGAGACUACCACCAGCAGCCAUUGUGCUUCGUCUUCUUUCGGACGAAUUUCUAACCGCCAGAAGUUCAAAGUUUCGAGAGAAUGCCCUUCAAAUGGUACUGUAUGCCCUCAUGACAUUCCCAAGCACCUACUUCGAUGUAGCCACGUGCGUGAUGCGAGCCACUCAAGCAGCCAUCGAUCCAAAAAAGAGGGUUCGUCAGGGUGCCCUGGAUGUUUUAGCAGUUCUGGGACAAAUAAGUUCCCCAAAGGUUGUCAUGGAUGUGGUGAAUAGAAUAGCAGCCACGAGAACUGACGGGAAUGCCCUGAGUGCUGCUGUGAAAGCAAGAUUAUCCAGGAAGCAACUUCCAAUGAUUCGGACAGAUGGAUCUGUGCAGUAUGGCCUCAAACUACCGAGUCCUCAGGCGAAUUUUUCAAUUUUCGGCGCGGAUAUUGAAUGGAUAACAUCAGGAGUGGGUUCCGUAUCACCCACAUCAAUCAAGAAGAGACUACAAAAAACUCAAUCUCAGUCCAGCUUACUCGAUGACUCAGGCAAUCGGUCAAUCGUCGAGGGAUCAACACAGAUGAACUACUUUCUGGCGCGUCGCAUGAAAAUGUCCCAAGAGAAUGUGAGUGGUGUUGGGGGGAAGGCACAUCAAGACACCCAAAAUAGUACUUUCGACAGCGGAUCUUCAAGGCUCAAGGACGAUCAUAGAAAUAACCAAUUUAUCGUAGCUACAGCAAUUCCUGUCCAUCAGCAAAUGCCACCAAUAUCAAAUGGUGGAUUUCGAUCACAUCAUUAUCAAUCACAAAACCUACAAGCACACUCUUUCCCUGAACUUUCGAAGGCAACUGUGGCAGGAAGUGCGAAUGUAUCCAACCGAACAUCUCAGACAACGAUGGAUUUUAUGGAACUUAGUCGACCUUCAAAAUUACCAGUAGCUUCGAGAUUUCCCGCAAUGGACAGUGGAAAACUUGGUGAAAGUAGUGCACGGGGCGUAGUGGAUAACCCCUAUACUGGCCUGAGCAAUCGCGUUUCUUUCAUAAGAAUCCCCAACACAAGGAAUGGAACGAUGACCGAUCCUCAAGGUACUCCGAAUAGUCAGAGCGCCUUAGCAGAAUCUCAUCGUCCAGUGACUCAUCCUACAUUGGAGAAAUCUGCACUCACUAAGAGAUUUAGUGUACCAGAGCGGCUCAAUGUUGUGCAAGAGCACCAGACUCAAAAUAAUCACACUAGUAAUAAAUAUCAACACACGGAGACGCAGGCGCACGUGGAACGGGAACAAAGACCUAUUUCCGGAAGUGGAGUCAAUGGAGGAGGCCCAGCAAUUGUGGGUCGUUUCUCAACGGCGGCACAGCCGGACGUUGUUGCGGCAGCAGCGGCCAUCGUGGCUGCCGAACAGCUGGCCACACCAAUUAAAGGCGCACCCGAAGAGGAAGACGAAGAGGCGGAUGGGGGUAGUGUUACGUCGUCAAAUGGUGGAAAGUCCAGCAAUUUAUCACCCCACUCAACACCCACGAGAGUUGUUAGCACAGGUAGCCUUGAGCUAAAGACCGAAGAGGAGGGAUUUGCUGAAGAUGACGCAAUGCCAUUCUCAAGAACUCAAUCAGCUCACUCCCUUGAACAUCGCCCCAGCCACAGUGCAUCCCGUCCAGCUACGAGUCAGAGUCUCCGGGAUACCUUUCUCCCUGAGCCUGUAACACCAAAAUCUGGGUCUGAAACACGCCCAACAUCCCCGCAGAACAUUCACCCGAUGGAAUCUGAGGUGAUUUCAACAAAUUCCAUUGGAGCCCAAUCGGAUAUUGAUGAGACUGUGGAGGCGGCACUGAAUGUUCUCCAGAAACGCCAUGAACUGGAUGAAUCGUGCACAUCGUCCAAUUUGGAUAAUCAACUGGAGGAUGGAGAUAGCAAAAGUACCAGCAGUACGCAAUCUGAAGUUGGUGUUGUGGAUGAGAUUGAUCAUGCUACAUCAGCUGUGGAGCGUCCCUUUGAAGCGCAAGUUCUUCCGUUUGUUGCAGAGACCAAAUCAGCACCCAGCAAGAUUACUAGACCUCCAAUCUUGAGACGUUCCCGUAAGGUAUCACCCCUUAAAACAACCCCAAAUCUCAUGGGAUGCCGCACAAAAUCCCUGGAACUCUACCCUCCGACCAUGAGACGAUUCGACAAGCCCAAAGAAGCCUUCGCCUUGACGCUAAAUCAAUUGGAGAGUGUUAGUUGGGAGAAUACAAUGACUGGACUGAAGAACUUUGUCAGGCUCAUCAGGCACCAUCCUGAUCUUGUGGAUACGCAAAUCCACCUCUUGGCGGGAAUCUUGGCAAAGCACGUGCGCAAUCUACGUUCCCAAGUGGCACGUGCCGCAUGUCAGGCAGCUGGAGAAUUCUUCACAACACACCGGAAGUCCCUGGAGCAGGAAGCUGAUGAUCUCGUGACAACACUCCUCCAUCGAACGGCGGAUACCAAUAAAUUCCUCCGGAGUGAUGCCACGAAAGCUCUGGAGCUUAUGUGUGAGAAUCUCUCAAUGGGGAAAGUCAUUCAUCUCCUAACAACGCGGGGAGCCACACAUCCCAAUGCCAUUGUUCGCACAACGACCGCCAUGUUGCUCACGAAAGUUGUGGAUAGUGCUGGAUUUGAGAAGAUCUUCACCACAACACGUGAAUCGCGUGACAAAGUCAUCCUCACCGGGGCGAAUUUACUCACAGAAGGAAGCCUGGAGACGCGAAACUACGCGAAGCAUAUGUUUAAACUCCUCUCUGGACAUCAGCACUACCACAAAAUCCUCCUUGAGAUAAUUCCAACGAAAUUAUAUCGCAACAUUGAGAAAACCCUGAAGAGAGUCUAGCGCACAGCAUAGUGUAGUUGAUGAUUUUUUUUACAUAAAAUCCAUCCAAUUUGAACCCUUUUAGGACGACUUCUGUGUCACUGUUGACUAUCUCUUUGUACUUGGUUAUUUUUUUAAUGUAAAAAAUACACAAAAUUGUUUCAUAUUUGACAAAAAAAAAA